AUGCCAUAUCCAGGCAGUACUCGCGUCCCCUGUUCCGAUUCCGAGGACUCAGGGAUGGCAGUUGGGGAGAUUUUGAGAGGAGGGAAGAAAUUUUUUGGCAAACAAAUCGUACUUUUGGGAGAUACAAUCACAGAAGACGAAAGAGUCGAGAUAUGCGCAAAUGAACUCGGCAUCAAAGUUCGAUUCGACCAAGUUUCUCCCGAACAACAUGCAAAGCGACUUUCGAGCUAUGGGCUCCCCGCGGAUAUCGUCGUAGCUCGUACAGAGCUUAUCGAGGCUUUGAAAUACGAGGAGGAGUUGAUGAAGAGCGAGAACUAUGUUCAGACUGAAGAAUAUAUCCCACGUGAUUACAAAUCUACCACUUGGUCCGAAUAUGUCAAGAAAGAAAUCUGGUCGCCUCUGCUUGGAGCACGAAUUAAACACCUAAUCCAAAUUCCACUCAUUGAUAUUAAACUUACUACCGUACUUGCAUAUACGUACAACCCUGCAUCCACAUCUACAAUCCCAACCACAAAAAUCCACAUCCUUACUCAGAGGAGGGAUGGAGAUGAUGAAGAUGAAUAUGAAAUGGGCUUUAAGAUUAAUAUGGGUAUACUGAAUGAAUAUGAAGAAGGUUAUAUAGAGGGUAGUAGGGUACUGGUAAAGAGUAAAGAGUAG